UUACUAUACCUGCAGUUUGCGCGUUGAAUUGCUACGAUCACGAUCACCAUCACUCGAGUUGUCUUAUAGACGUGUUAACAAUAAUACAAAUUAUAUUGAUACUGUUCGACUACGACACACCGAUCAAUCCACACAGCACCGUUGCAGUAGUUACAGUUAGGUAAAUGAAAGGUUACAUGCGAGAUCUGUAGAGAUAAUCUUUAUAGAUCUUGCAAAGGACCUGAACGGCCGCCAUCGCGUUAACAAUUCCGUCUGCUAGCUGUGCAGUAAAGUUGGAUUCGCCAUGUCAGGCGUGUGGUCGAUUCCAUUCGUCCAACUCUGCGCCGCCGCAGUUCUACUCGUCACGUUCCUGGGUUACAUGUACUUGACGUACCACUACGGAAAGUGGACCGGGCUUGGCGUACCGCACGCCGCGCCGUCGCCGCCAUUCGGCAGCCUGCGUGACGUGGUCAUGGGCCGCGUACCGCUCGUCGACGCCAUCCAUUCGCUGUACCGUCGAUUCGACGGGCAACGGUAUUUCGGCAUCUACGAGGGACGCCAACCGUUGCUGGUAGUCUGUGACCCCCAGCUGGUACACACUAUCAUGGUAAAGGACUUCCGAUCAUUCGUCGACCGGAACGCGGGCAAAGUAUCGUUCGUGCACGACAAGCUGUUCGAUCACUUGGUGAACCUGCGGGGUGAACAGUGGAAAGCAAUUAGAGCCAAGUUGAGUCCGACUUUCUCGGCCGCAAAGCUCAAGUCCAUGUUGGGUGACAUAAAUGUGUGCACGGCGCGUCUGAUCGACAACUUGAAUGGGCAGAUAACGAAAAACAGUGGAAUUGUUGAUGUCAGUGAAGCGUCGGCUCAAUUUACAACUGAUACUAUUGGCAGUUGUGCUUUUGGACUAGACUGCAAUGCACUGUCAAAUCCAGAUUCAGAGUUUCGUCGUACAGGGCGAGCAAUUUUUACGCCAAGUCUUCGAUCGAAUUUACUAAAUAUCACCAGAUUAGUUGGUUUUGGUCGGCUUUUAGAUGUAUUUAGGAUACGUGGUAUGUCUGGAAACAUAUAUGACUUUUUUGAUAAUCUACUCGAUACUACAAUGGAACAACACAAAUCUGGAGAAAAUACACGUAACGAUUUUAUAGCACUUUUAGUAAAGUUAAAAGAUGAAGAAAAACAGAAGGAACACGGACAAAAACUGUUUACUGAUGACAUAUUAGCUGCAAAUUCAUUCGUAUUCUUUGUUGCUGGUUUCGAAACUACAGCGUCAACAAUAAGUUAUUGCUUGUAUGAGUUAGCCAUGAAUCCAGAAAUUCAAGUAAAAUUGCGAGAAAAUAUCAAGAAAACAUUAGACGCAAACGACGGAAAGCUCGCAUACGAUACGUUAAAAGACAUGAAGUAUUUGGAUAUGGUGAUAAAUGAGACAUUUAGACUGCACCCACCAGUUCCCGUUUUAAAUCGAGUGUGCACUCAGAAGUACACAAUUACGGACAGUAACAUUACACUAAAUGUUGGAGAUAAAUUAAUAAUACCCACAUAUUCAUUACAUCAUGAUUCUAAGUAUUAUUCAGACCCAGAAAUAUUUGAUCCUGAACGAUUUACCGAAGAAAAUAUAAGUUCAAGACCACACGGCACGUUCCUCCCGUUUGGCGAUGGACCUAGGAUAUGUAUCGGUUUGCGAUUCGCGAUGAUGGAAGCAAAAACAGGACUAGCGGAAAUAUUGUCAAAAUUUGAAGUAUCACCAUGUAAAGAAACACAAACUCCGAUUAAAAUCAAGCCAAGAUCAAUUUUACUCACACCAAACGAAUCGAUUCGUUUAUCAUUCAAAAGUAUUGAUCAAGUCCAAUUUAUACCUGCGCAAGUGCAUGCACUAACCGUAUGUGAACCGCUUGCGAUGAUCUGCUUCAGUUGUUGGUUGGAGAUCGUACCGAUCGCCGCUAUUGCGUCAGCACUAUUGACGUAUGUGUACUGCACGCGCUACUACGGGCACUGGACGGCGCUGGGCGUGCCACACACCAAACCGGCACCGUUGCUCGGCCACUUCGCCGGACCCACGAUGGGCCGCGAGUCGGGCACUAUCACCGUGGACACGCUCUACCGGCGGUUCGUCGGCCACCGGUACUUCGGUGUGUACCAGCUCCGGCACCCAAUGCUGGUAGUGCGCGACCCAGUACUCGUGCACGCGGUGCUGGCCACGGAGUUCGGGUCGUUCCACGACCGGGUGAUGAGCCGGACGUCGUUCGAACACGACGGGCUGUUCAACAGCCUAGUGAACCUAAGGGGCGACAAGUGGAAAGCCGUCCGGGCCAAGUUGAGUCCCACGUUCACCGUGGCUAAGCUCAAAGCCAUGUUCGCCAGUUUACACGUGUGCACCGGCCAACUCACAGACAAACUGCUGCUCCUGACGUCUGGUGGCCAAGGUAUUGUUAAUGUCACCGAUGUAUCAUCAAAAUUUACGAUAGACACAAUUGGAAGGUGUGCUUUUGGGAUAAAUUGCAAUACGUUGUUUGACUCAAAUACAGAAUUUCAACGAGCUGGACAGGCAGUCUUUACACCCACACUGAAAUCAUCUGUGUUAAAUUUCAUGAGGUUGAUUGAUCUAGGAUGGCUAGUGGACUUGUUUAGAUUACGUAGUAUGCCCGAUCUCGUCUAUGAAUUUUAUUUAAAUUUAUUUCAAGAUACACUGGAGCUGCGUAAAAACGAGAAGGAAGAUCGUAACGAUUUCGUUUCGAUUUUGGUAAAAUUGAGAAACGAUGAAAAAAUAAACAACAGUCGAGUUGAAUUAUUUACGGACGAUGUCUUAGCUUCAAACGCAUUUAUAUUUUUCGCGGCUGGCUUUGAAACCACUGCAUCUGCAAUGAGCUAUUGUUUGUACGAGUUGGCUUUGAAUCAAGACAUUCAAGUCGAAUUACGUAAACAAAUCCAACAUACACUAAACGAAAACGGAGGGAUUCUUACUUACGAUGUGCUAAAAGAUAUGAAGUAUUUGGAUAUGGUGUUAAAUGAAACGUUGAGAAUGCAUCCACCUGGGCCUGGUCUACUGCGAGUGUGCACCAAAAAGUUUAAAAUACCAGACAGUGACAUAACUUUGGACACCGGUAUGAAAGUGCUUAUACCAACAUAUUCGCUACAUCACGAUCCCGCGUAUUAUCCAAAUCCCGAAUUGUUUGAUCCCCUGCGGUUCACAGAGGACAAUAAAGCUUUGAGACCAAAUGGAACGUUCCUCCCAUUUGGCGACGGACCUAGGAUUUGUAUAGGUCUGCGAUUCGCACUGAUGGAGGCCAAAACAGGAUUAGCAGAAAUAAUAUCGAAAUUCGAAAUAUUUCCGUGUAAAUAUACAAAAAUUCCCAUUAAAUUAAAUCCAAGAUCUAUUCUACUGACGCCAAAUGAACCAAUAAGUUUAUUGUUUAAACAAAUUGCGUGAUUUUUUAGUUACAAUAAAAUAAAAUACUAUAUUUUUUUUAUUAUAUUAUUAUGCUUUUGUAAUAUUAUUUUUAUUAUUUUAUUAUUAUAAUUUACUCUUUGUAGCUUAAAGUAUUUGAUACGAGAUACCUAUUCUUAUAUUGUAGCUAAUUAUUGUACCAUAUUGUUCAUGUUGAAUUCAAUAAAUUGAACUAAACACUA